UACAUUUCCUGGUCUCUUUACCAUGCACUGCCACCGAUGAUCUAUUACUUCCCACUUCAAACACUGGCACUCACAGGUCUAGAAGUUUUUGCUGUUGCCUUCUUUUCUCCAGUGUUAUUGAUAAUUGACCCUUUUUGGAGGUUGGCUAACAAUAAGUACAUCCUAGCCCUUCUGAGACUGGCUAUGGUUGGAAGCUUAGCAUCGUACCAGGCACCAAAUGCUACAAUUAGACUAUUCGUCUUGGCUACAGGUGUUUCCUCCUCAUUGCUGGUUCAAACAGUAACAUGGUGGUCAGGAAACAGUUUUCAAAGGUUCAUCAGGAUGUGGGGCUUCAUUCUAGGCAAGAUAAUACUCCUUGUUCUUCGUAUCUGGUAUACAUCGCUAAACCCAGUGUGGAGCUCACAAGCUGCCAAUACUGUCAUACUGACAAUUGGUUUUAUAGCAGCAGUGGAGCGAAUUUACUCAGGUGGAGACAAGAGGAAACAAGAAACAAACAAAACUGGUAAUGCAGUUAAAGAGACUGUUUUCCACUCUCAUUGGCUUUUGUCAGGGAUUGCUUUUGGCAGCCUCAUGUUCCUCACCCUGUGGAUAUUUGGGGAGGUCUCACUGAUUUCUAGAUGGGCGGUAAGCGGACAUCCAUAUACAGGUCCAGAUCCUAAUCCAUAUGGAGGUACGGUUCUGUUGAGCCUAGCUCAUGGACUGAUGCUUUCAUUUUGGAGUUGGUCUUCUGUCACCAGUGUUGCCUGGUUUCUUGUAGGUUUAGCAUCUUCGAUCGGUCUCCUUUAUUUACACACCUGGAGUGCUGCUGUUGCAGGCAAUAUUCUGGCUGUCUUUACCAUGUGUGUGUGGCCUCAAGUGGCUGGAUGCUUUGUUAGCUGUCUGCAUCCUGGGAAAGUCAUGAGUACAGCCAUGUUUGCUUAUGUUCUUGAAUUAUUCUUCUGUGUAUGGUGUACAGCUUAUAAAUUUGUACCUGGAGGAAUUUAUAUUAGAGAAAGCUCUCAUCUUCUUUUAGGGUUUAUCAUGUUAUGUAUUGGGGUAGACUUUCUAACAGGACCCAAGAGAGACCUUAGCUCAGUCUUUGAAGUGAAAAGCGACCAAAAGCCAUUAUUCAAAAAAAGUAAAAACUAUUUUAAACUACUAUUGUGGCUGUCUGUUGGUGUUGGUUUGCUAGGAUUGGGUCUACGUUAUAAAACUUACCAGAAGAAGUUAGGCCAAGGGGUUCCAAAAAGAGACUUCUCUGCUAUGAUCUGGCCUUUUAGAUUUGCAUAUGACAAUGAAGGAUGGUCUAAUUUGGAAGGAUCAGCUAAUUUGCUUAAUCAGACAGGCCUUGUGGGCAAUGUGAGGGUUGGAGGGUGCCUGGGAAACAGCGACCAUGAGAUGGCGGAAUUCUCAGUGCUAGGAGAGGUGAAGAGGGCGGCCAGCAGAAUGGCCACCCUGGACUUCCGGAGGGCUGACUUUGAACUGUUCAGGAAGUCGGUCAAUGAGAUCCCUUGGGAGACAGUCCUUGGGGGCAAGGGUGCCCAAGAGGGCUGGGAGGUCCUCAAGAAGGUAAUCUUGACAGCACAAGAGCGAGCUGUCCCUGUGUCUCGGAAAUCGAGUCGGUGGGGAAAGAACCCGGCUUGGUUAAACAGCGAUAUGCGG